AAAUGUUGAACGUGAAGUAGAUAUAAUGAACUCUCUUCACAGUACUAAGCUAUUACAACUAUAUGAUGCUUACGAUAAUGGAAGAAAUGAGAUGUGUCUCAUCAUGGAAUAUAUCGGAGGCGGAGAACUAUUUGAUCGAGUAAUUGAUGAAGAAUUUGUUCUAAGUGAAAGAGCCUGCAGGGUGUUCAUGAAGCAGAUUCUUGAAGGUGUGCAGUACAUACACAGAAGUUCUAUCAUACAUCUUGAUUUAAAGCCCGAGAAUAUACUGUGCAUCAACCGAACUGGGAAUCGAAUCAAGAUAAUCGAUUUUGGAUUGGCUCGACGCUUCGAACCCGAGAAGAAACUUCAGAUACUGUUCGGAACUCCGGAGUUCGUGGCCCCUGAGAUAGUUAACUUCGAGCCUAUAGGAUAUUGCACUGAUAUGUGGGCUAUAGGAGUGAUCUGCUACGUUCUGGUUUCUGGAUUAUCUCCAUUUAUGGGAGAUACCGAUCUUGAGACAAUGGCAAAUGUUACAAUUGCAGAAUUUGAUUACGAAGAUGAAGCAUUUGAAAAGGUUUCAGACGAAGCCAAGGAUUUUAUUGAUCACCUCUUAGUUCGAGAGAAAGAGAAAAGAAGCACUGUUGAAGAGAGUCUAAAGCAUCCUUGGAUUCUCAGGGAAUCUGAUUUACAGAGAAGAUGCAGUCAAGGUUCAAGUUUAAUAUCUACUAAGGAGAAUUUAAGUCAGCAGAGAGCAGCUUGGAGCAGCAGGGACAGCUGCUAUUAUCUCUUCGACUCUAAAUCCAAAACAGCCUCGCAGCUGUAUGAAGCUAAUGUUUGUAUAUCCCCGCAGCUGCUCGAUACUUUAGAGAGCAGCACACAGGACCAGGAGCAGUUCAG